GAAUCAGUCGUCAGUUUGUCCUAAGCGGAUUUGGUCGACACGUGUAUGUGUAUGUGGUUGAGAUAUAGAUGUACGAUUUCGAGAACGAUUCCGAGUUCCGAUUUUUCCGAUGAAGAAAAUCCAGGCAGUACAGCAGCACAGUAAAGUCGUGUAGAUUGGCGCGUGAAUUUAACGCUUGGCCUAGGUCACGUAUCGCACGUGUUUCUGACAGCCAGCAGGACCUCCCUGGCAGGACCUCCCCCGCAGCAGGACCUCUCUGUGUGUUUUUUCGGCGAGUGUGUGUGCCUUUGAUUAAGUGUUCGCCUUGCAUGUGUGCGGUUGACAUUCGAUUUACUUUCGCCAAGUUACCGGAAUAAAAAAAAACCCGAGCAACGGACGAACACUUCCCGCAGACUUUUGCGCCAGAUCCAAGUCCCCAUCCUGAGUGCAUGUGUGCGGUCGAUAUUUGCAUAAAUUAAAAAAAAAACACAUAGAUAGCAUAGUCUCCAGCGUCCUCGUCCUAAUGAGUUUUUAAUACUCUGCCGCGCUUCCUGAUUGUCUGUGUGGGAUAGCAAAUAUAUAUAUAACUAUAUAUAAAGGACGUAGAACUACAAAAACCCAUUGCCACAGGAUUUUCGGUUAAUUUAUUGAGCCGGCAACGAGUUUAGAACGUGUCCGAAGCAGACCGAUAAAAAAAAUUAGCCGCCAAAGAAAACUAAUUUGCACUCUGAAGCGAACUGAAACGUGGAAAGUUUGUUUGGCUCCCUGGAAAGUUCGUCCUUACUCGGAUUCCGACAAGACACUGGCACACAACAAUUUGCGCUCCUUUCUAACGAGUCCCCAGCGAUUGUUCCGUUCUCCGCACUCUCCGCAUUUCCCAGCCGGUUUGUUGUCGUUUUGCCGGAGGCUUUCGGAUAUAUUGCAUUAGUCAGCAGAUCGAGGACUGCUAGUGUACGUGACUUGGCCUUUUCCAGGACUCAAUCGAAAGAAUCCGCUCCUCCGCCGAGCGAUAGGAAUAAGCUCGCCAUGUUGCCGCAUCAUCAGCGCCAUAAAAUGGCGCCUUUGGCGGACAGCGCCAUCGGUUUCCUGCUCCUUUCGCUCCUGCUAAUUGGCGCCUGCCUGGUCACGCCCACCGAAGGACGCGCCAAGGAUGACCGCCGCACCAGGGGGCGUGGCAGCAGCAGUGGCGUCCUCUCGUCCUCCUCCAGCAGCAGCAACAACAUGAACAAUGGCUACUACAGUGGCUCCUCGUCGACAGCGGGCUCCUCCUCCGGCUAUGUGUUCACCAGCAGUAGUGCGGUGAACUCGGGAAGCACUGGCUACAGCGGACCCAUGGACAGCACUGGAUUCUGCACCCGGCGGCGGGACAUGAAGCUGAUGUGCUACUGUACCCCGGAUGAGAACCACGUGCCAGUGCAGAAGGCCGAGUGCUGGGUGUUCUCGGAGGGAUUGCAUCAGAAUGACACCACCUGGACGCGAUUCUACCAGCAGAAGCGUUUGAGGGAACUGAAGUUUGUGAUCCAAAACAAUGCCCGAUUGGACUAUAUACCCACCAUGAUAAUUGAACCGCUGAAGAACCUGAGUAGCAUUGUGAUUGAAUACUCGCAGGUGGAGAUUGUCAAGAGCUAUGCCUUCGCCAAUCUGCCCUUCUUGGAGAGGAUUAUCCUGAAUAACAACCACAUAAUGGCCCUGGACCAGGAUGCCUUCGCCAAUCACAUCAGGCUGAGGGAGUUGAACCUGGAGCACAACCAGAUCUUCGAGAUGGAUCGCUAUGCAUUCCGUAAUCUGCCACUUUGCGAACGGCUCUUCCUGAAUAACAACAAUAUCAGCACUCUUCACGAGGGUCUAUUCGCUGAUAUGGCCAGACUAACUUUCCUGAACCUGGCCCACAAUCAGAUCAAUGUGCUGACCAGCGAGAUUUUCCGGGGAUUGGGCAACCUAAAUGUGCUGAAGCUGACCCGGAACAAUCUGAACUUUAUCGGCGAUACUGUGUUUGCGGAAUUGUGGAGCCUGAGUGAACUGGAACUGGACGAUAAUCGCAUCGAGCGCAUUUCCGAGCGCGCUCUGGAUGGCCUGAAUACACUGAAAACACUGAAUCUGCGCAACAAUCUGCUGAAGAAGAUCGACAAUGGCCUGCUGCGGGGCACCCCCGCCCUGCUGUCCAUCAACGUGCAGGCAAACAAAUUGGAAACGCUGACGUUCUACACAUUCCAGCCAAUUAUGGACAAUUUGGUCAACAGCACCAGCGAGCUGCUCGUGUCAGACAACAAAUUCAUUUGCGACUGUCGUCUGCAGUGGAUCUUCGAAUUGAAAAAUCGCACACGUCACCUGCAGCUGCGUGACUCGCUGGAGGACCUGCACUGCACGCUGCAGGAGCCGAAACUGUCGCACUUUGUGGACCCGGUGCCGCCGACCAUCCUGGACGUGCUCAAUAUCGGGGGAUUCACGGCGAUUGGCAGCAAUAGCGCCAGCAUGGGCGGUGUGGGCAACAGCGUGGUGGGCAGCAGCUACAGCGGCUUGACUCUGGACGACAGCAGGAAGCAUUUGGGCAGCAGAUCCCGACAGGCACUGCGGGGACAGCGGCAGUUCGCCUCGAAUGCGGAGAACGUGGUGGAGUCCAAGAUGCGCAGGAGGAGGAAGCGGCAGGAGGAGGUCAAGGAGAAGGAACUGGCGGCAGUGGCUCCGGCUCACAAGCGAUACGACUACUACGACGACAACAACGGAGGCAUGUCCUUGGGUCAUGGCCUAGACCUGGAUGACAAUCUUAGCCUGCACAAGCAGGGAUUCUAUGGAGCCGGUUCUCCCGUAGUGGGUCACAACGAUGUGGAUGUCCUGAUGACAUCGCACUCCGCGUCGGGAGACGCCCUCGACAUUCUGACCACCAAGAACGCAAUCUACAUCAAGUUGUUCCUGCUGAAACCGGAAAUGCUGCCCUGCCACGAUGAACUCAGCGAUCCCACCGAGCUGCCCCUCUCCCGCGAUCUGAUGGAUGUGCGCAGCAAUGUUGGCCAGGACAUGUCCACGGCAGGAGCUAAUUCUUUGGCCCAGGGCAUGACGAUCAUAGUGAGUCUAAUCGCACUGAUGAUCAGUCGGGGUUGAAGACUCACAUCCGGAAAUGGUUGCUGAAUGGUGACCCCUACGUUUGGUUCUACAUUGUACAUACUGUCUUGGAGAUGUGGUGCCCUUGGGAAACGAGCUUCAACACGAUAAUUACGAAAGAUACCAGCUACAGUCCUGUAAAUAUGUAAAAAGGGGUAACAAAAUUCAAUAAAUUUAAUACUAUAAACCUAGCUGAUAGCUGUAAUGAUAGACUCGACUUUUCAACAACUUCAGCAGCAGAUUCAGAUUCAGAUUGAGAUAUAGAAACCGAUACCAAAACCAUUACCGAAACUAUAAGCCCAAAACGAACCCAAAAGAGAACCUCCGAGCAAACUGGCGUUUCAUUUAAAAAGAAAGAUACUCAACUUAUCGCAGGAUGAUGACUACCACUACACUCUACUACAUAGAAUUAGUUUAAACGGUUAGCCAUAGUGACACUUUUGGUUUACUUGAGCAAGGUACAUACUACAGUAAAACUUGGAAAGCGCUAAACGUCUUAGAUGGAGAGACAGAGCUGGCCAAAACCACUAAAUGAGGCAUGCCUGUAAGAUAAACGCAAACGCAGAACAUGACACAAUCGCUGAAAGUUGCAACGAUAGCCGGUAGUCGAUAGGCAAUAGAGGAUAGCAGAUAGUCGAUAAAUAAUAAUUAAUAAAUGUAAUAGGUAAACGUACAAUUCCCGGCCACCCGCAGUUCUCCCUUAGAGUAUAAGUCUGCUUUUUAGUUGUAAGACUGUUUGCUACCCUAAAAUUCUCGCCUGAAUUUCCCCUAAGAAAACCUUGUCCCGGGAAAAUUACACAGCAAACACUUUUCUGCUUUUGUCCUACUUUCGCCGCACCAGAAAUAAAAACCAAAACAUAAACAAGAAAUAAAAAUGAAUACAUUGCGAAUUUAUAUAACUUAUUUGAAUAGAUUCAAAUUAAAGAAAACAAAGCCAUAAAGAGAUAUAAUAAUAAAAACAAAACAGAAAUAUGCAUAACGAUUUUUGUAGCUUAAGACUGAAUAUAUAAAGGUAAAUUAUGCUAAUAUAUACAAAAUAUUUAUAUGGAAAAUACUGUAUGUUUAAUUAUAUUGUAAUAAAUGCAAGCUGGGGGAAAGGGUAAUGUCAUUUUUAGAAAACCAAAAGAGCCGACGAUUCGUGCAUUCAAAUUAGUAUGGAUGCACAUUACACUUUAUUUGGCAAUUUAUUACGUAUUUAAUUAUGCACAAAACUAUGAUUUA